AUGGGUGUGAAAGAGAAAACAACACUGAGCCAGGCUGCUAUUACCAUCCAGAAAUGGUGGCGUGGUACUCUAGUCCGCCGUAGCCUGCAACACGCCAUCGUCUGUGCAUGGUUGGUCCAGAAAUGGUGGCGCAUGAUUUCCUUCCGGAGGCGAGAAGAGAAAAGGGCAAUGGCAUUAUCGACGUACAUUUGGUCUGAGAAGGCUUCCGUCCUCUUGCAAUCAAUGUUUAAGAUGUGGCUUAUGAGAACACGGUACAAGAAGUAUCAAAGGGCAGCCCAGAUCAUCCAAAGUAACUGGCGGCACCACAGCUUCCAGAAAACCUCCGGCGCCUAUUCUCUUAGCAACCUGAAUCAGGAUGGCAUAGAUUUGAACAUUGAGAUUGUUGUUGAGUAAAGAGUCUCUGUG